AUGACGGUCUCGACUCGGCUGCACCUGCGGUCGGCGCCGUCGAGCCUGCCGCCUGCCGCCGAGCAGGCGCCGCCGGCUCGGCUGAUCGAUCGCCAUGGCGAACCCCUGACCUCGAGCCGAGAAGGGCGCUGGAACUUGCACGACAGCCGGCCGUUCCAUCGCUUUCCGAAGUUGUUGGUGGACGCCUUCGUGAUGGCCGAGGACCAGCGUUUCUUCGCUCAUCGCGGAGUCGAUUGGCGGGCGCGGAGCCAUGCGGCGGUGCAGAACUUGCGCGCCUUACGGGUGGUGCGCGGCGCCAGUACGAUCACCGAGCAGGCGGUGCGGAUCGCCUAUCCGCGGCCUCGUACUUUUUGGUCGCGGUGGCUCGAAAGCUUCGAGGCAGGUCGCCUCGAGCGCCGUUUCGACAAGGCCGAGAUCCUCGAGUUCUAUCUCAAUCAGGUGCCUUAUUCGCGCCAGCGCCGCGGGGUUGCGGAGGCAGCUCGGGCCUAUUUCGACCGCGAUCUCGACACCUUGUCGGUCAAGGAGACCCUGGCGCUGGCGGUGCUGGUACGCAGCCCCUCGCGGCUCGAUCUGGAGCGCGGCAACCAAGAGAUUCAAGUGCCGAUCGAGCGUUUGGCUCGACGCAUGCACGACGCCGGCAUGUUGGCGGCCCGGGAGCUCGACGAGAUCGAGCGCACUCCGCUGCUGGUGGUGCGGCCACAACCGCUGGUAGACGGAGCCCAUUUCGUCCGUUGGUUGCGUCCACGCUUGUCCAGCGAUUCGGCCCGCAGCGUGCGCACCACCCUCGACGCCAACUUGCAGCGCCAGGCGCAGGCGAUUCUCGACCGCCGCCUGGCCGAGCUCGGCGAGCGUCGAGUGGGCGAUGGCGCGGUGCUGGUGAUCGACCACCAAAACGACGAGAUCUUGGCUUGGGUCAACGGCGGCGGUUUCGCCAAGCCCGAUGCCGGCCAGGUCGACAAAGUACUGGCCCUGCGGCAGCCCGGGUCGACGUUGAAGCCGUUUGUCUAUGCCACCGCGUUGGAAAGCGGCUGGACCGCCGCCACGGUAGUCGACGACGCACCGCUGACCGGUGUGGUGGGCCACGGAAUGCACCAGUUCCGCAACUACAGCCGGCACUACUACGGGCCGCUGCGGGUGCGCCAGGCGCUGGCCAACUCGCUCAAUGUACCGGCGGUCAAGGCGCUGGCCUUCGCUGGUCGUGGCCCCACCCUCGAACGGCUUCGCGAGCUCGGUUUCGCGACCCUGAACGAGCAUCCCGAACACUACGGCGACGGUCUGGCGUUGGGCACCGGCGAGGUCUCGCUGUACUCGCUGGUCAGCGCAUACGCGGCGCUGGCGCGCGGUGGCGAGCUGCGCCCGGUGAGUGGUCUGGCCGAGGCGCCAUCGGUAGACCGCCGCCGGGUGUUCUCGGCCGAGGUCGCCGGUUUGAUCGGCUCGAUCCUGUCCGAUGCCGAGGCUCGGCAGCUCGAGUUCGGUAGCGGCUCGGUGAUCGAUCUGCCGAUCGAGACCGCGGUCAAGACCGGCACCUCGACCGACUAUCGCGAUGCUUGGGCGGUGGGGUUCUCCCAUCGCUACACCGUCGGUGUCUGGAUGGGCAACGUGGACGGCCGGCCGAUGGCCGAGGUUACCGGCUCUACCGGCCCUGGGCUGGUGCUGCGGGCGGUCUUUGCCGAGGCCCAUCGCCACCAGCGGCCAGCGGCACUCGGGCUCAGCCGUCGUUUGGCUCGUCAUCCGAUCUGCCGCCAGAGCGGCGCUCGGCCGAGCCCUACUUGCCCGACGGCCGAGGAGUGGUUUCGCCCCGGUCGUGAACCCCUGGGGGCAUGCCUGCUGCACGGAGAUCAUGAAGUUGAGAUCGACGGCCGAGCCCUGCCGGCGGUCCGCUUGACCAGCCCCACGCCGGGUCUUCAUCUGGCGCUCGAUCCGCGGAUUCCCGAUCCGCUAGAGCGUUUUCCCCUGCGACUCGCCGACAGCGCCGGCGUACGGCGGGUGGAGUGGAUCGUCGACGGUCGAGUGGCCUCGGUGACCCGCGGCGAGGGCGAGUACUUGUGGCCGGUCGAGCGCGGCUCACAUAGCGCCCGGGCGCGAGUCUGGCUGGUUGGUCAGACCGAGCCCCGCGAGACUCAGCAGGUGAAUUUCUACGUCCGCUAG